AUCGCCAUCUUGUUACAACCCCUCUACGUGCGUGAACGACGUAUUACGAGGGGAUUCUGUUACGUUUUUGCCCUUUGUAUUAACAACGAAACAGAUACUGCGAGCAACGAAUCGAGGAGGCUUGAAAAAAUCACGUCUGCGUCAUUUACCUACAAAUUCAAGGUUCUAACACGGGCAAGACGAUGAGCAUCGAUACGCUUUUAGAAGCAGCCAAGUUUUUGGAAUGGCAAGCCCAGCAACAACAGAAAACACGUGAGGAGAAUGAGCUACGGGAGAAACUGCACCGUGAUCAAGAGGUGGAGAAGAAGCGUCCGGAGGUCACCUCCGUUGUGCAGCCAGUACGGGUGAACCACGUGACCUGGGGGGAGGAGUCAUGUCCAGAGCAUCACCCCACCCCAGUCCCGCCCCCACCCCUUCCCCCUCCUGUGUCAAUUGCUGUAAUACCCAUUCCUGUGGUAUCAGCUGGCCCUGCAUCUUUUGCCCCACCUCCACCACUGCCCCCUGCCACUGCUCUGUCCCCUGCCACCGCAUCCCGCCCCAGCCCUCCCAGGAAGGAUGCCCAUUCCCCCCCAGUCCAGCCACCGCAGCACCAACAGCGUAUUCUGGUGGCUUCCCAGCUGAAGGUGGAGCCCACGUCUCCUACCCAGCCUGGGACCCCCAAGCAACAACAACAACAACAACAACAGCUGCUGCAGCAGCAGCCCCAGCCUGCGCUGGUCCAGCCUUACCCAGGUUCCAUCAUUACUACACCCCAGCACACCCUACUCCCCCAACCGGUGCCCCUGCCGGUUCAGCCUAGUCCACCAGCCCGACCCAGCUUGCUGGAGGAAACGCGUCAUUCAGAGGGGAAAAGAAGGCCUGGAGGGGCUGGGACCAGGGAAGUUCAUAACAAGCUUGAAAAAAACAGACGUGCACAUCUGAAGGAGUGCUUUGAGACGCUGAAGAAAAACAUCCCCAAUGUGGAUGAGAAGAAGACAUCUAACCUGAGUGUGUUGAGGAGUGCCCUGCGUUACAUCCAGACCCUGAAGAGAAAGGAGAAGGAGUUUGAACACGAGAUGGAGCGGCUGGCACGGGAGAAAAUCGCCACGCAGCAGCGUUUGGCUGACCUGAAGAACGAGCUCAGCCAGUGGAUGGAUGUGAUGGAGGUGGACCGCGUGUUACGCCAGACCGUGCAGCCCGAAGAUGACCAGGCCUCCACCUCCACAGCCUCAGAGGGUGAAGACAACAUGGAGGAGGACAUCGAGGAGCGCCAGGGUGUACCGGCCACUGCUGCCGCCCCCUUACCCAAAGCUCUUCUGCUCCCGCCUGAAAGCUGCAAGGCAGCAGCCGCCCCGCCCCCUCUCCUGGCACAGCACAUCUCCAUUCAGCACAAGCCUCCGCAGGCACUGCAACCCUCGGCCCCCGCCAGCCAGCCUGCCGCGGCCCCCGCCGGCGGCCCUCUGCAGGCCCAAGCCAUGGUGGCCCCACCGACCAUCGCUCCGACCCAGGCGCAUCUGGCAGCCGCCCCUGGUGUGCAGCCCACCGUCAUUGCACAUGCCACCGCCUCUGCCUCCCACGCUUCUGUUAUCCAAGCCGUCAACCACGUCAUCCAGGCAGGCUCCAAGCACAUCGCUCAGAUUGCCCCCUCCUCCUCGAACCCGGUGCAGCUGGCUCCUGGCACCCAGCCCAUUGGGCACAUCACAGUCGCACACCUGGGCCAACACCUUCCAGCACUGUACUCGCAGCCCGUGGCCGUCACACAGCCUGCUGUCAUGAGCCACAUUGCGCACACGCUGACGCACGCCCAGGUGAACGGUGCUGCUCCUGGGCAGCAGGCCGCGGUCAUGGGCAAGCAGACGGCCGUGGGUGCCCAGGUGGUGGCGCACCACCCGCAGCUAGUGGGCCAGACUGUGCUCAACCCUGUGACUAUGGUAACCAUGCCCUCCUUCCCGGUGAGCACUCUUAAGCUGGCCUGAGGAGGGGCACUGGCGUGCGGGCGACACAACCAAGUCACAAGUUGAGCGGUGAGAACAGCAAACUGCAUUAAGCUGAGAAGUGUCAAAAAAGUGUAAAGUACAUUCCAAACAAAAAUUUUACAUUUUAGUAUAUCUAAAAUAAACAAAUAUGUUAAAAGUAAUGAAAUGCGAACACUGUCAUGUAGUGUUUGGGUAUAUGGCUUGGCAGAUGUCACAUCAUGGCUGAUGCUUGGUGGUGCAGUGUGCUCCAGUGUGCUCCAUGGUGCUCUGCCUGCUGGGAAAACCCAUCCAGGUCCCAUGUGGGCAUUUGAGACGAGAAAUCCUUGUGGACAUGAUGGAGCAGUGGAUGGCAUUAGCAAGUUUUCUUGAUUGUGUUGUCACCUCACAGCUGAAUUUUGUGGCUCGUGUCCCUCUCCUGCAGUCAUGGAAUUGGCAGUUUCUAAUCUUCCUUCUUCCAGCACAGGAUGUCAAAAUUCUCUUCUCCUAUUGGUUGAUUAUUGCUGGGGACUUUUUUAGGUGGCUGUGGUUACACUCUGGCACUUACCAAAGUCAAACAUCUAUGGGCUAAACAUGCUUUACUUUGAAGAUGAAUGCAUUGUAUGCCAGGAAUUGUGGUUGCAGAACAAUUGCCUGUGCCUUUAUUGCUCUGUGGCACUUUGCUGCCCCAGGCGCCCUCUGCUGUACAGAAAGCGCAUGGCAGCGCAGCAGCUGCUUGCUGUCUGGCGGUCCCUGUGACGCAACAGGAAAGCACCUUCAUGGAGACCAGCGGUUCCCAGAGCACUACAUGUCAGGCAGAGGAAGAGAGCUGCUGGAAUGUGGGGCCUGAUGGUACUGUGCAGGACAUAAUACAAAGGAAGGGCCUUUUUGCCAGAGGUGGGUGACUCUUGCUGCCAGCCAGUACUCUGUGAGGAUGGAGAGAGAGGGGGAGGGGAACACAGAGCAGCCAGGCUUUGAAGCCAGUCAGUCACCGCCGCCUGCAGGCACAAAGGGUCACAGUGAGGUUGGAGCACCAAGCAUAGAGCCUCUGUGCUGGAGAGUGUUGUUACACCUGUUGUUCGUUCCCACAUAGCCCCAUUUCUUCAGUAGUGCCACCUCCAUGCUCCUGAGCUUAACAGUAAGAUGGAGGCAGUGUGCUGCCCCUCUGAGUUAGAAAGUAGGUAGGCUGUAGCCAGGGGUGUAUGUAUCACUGUGAACAUGUUUUAAUGGUGCCUGGAACAAUUGGGAGUCUUUCACUAUGGGCUGGUGGUGAUGGACAUGUGUUGUCUCACCUUUCACUGUCAAUAGCAGAAGGCUGUUCCAGUCACUGCAGAAGACAAACACCUUUGCGUUUGAGUUCUAGCCAUUUUAGCCUUGCAAAAGCCAACUGGACCCCCCUGUCCCAAGCAACCCCUUUGGCAUCCAUAGCAACUAGAGUAACAAUGUGUGUGAUAGGACAGAUGGGCUCGCAGUUUCCCAUUGCACUGUAUACUGUUGUACUGCUCAUGGUGGUGUGACAAGGCCUGUAUGUACACAAAAUUCAACUUAAAACUUUAGCACUGUGAUCUCCUACUGCUCAUUGGCACUAUGAAAAGCCAAGCGGUUUUCAGCUGUACAUAGUGCUCACCCCAUCUGGCACAACAAACAUUUCGGGGGGGAGGUGGGGUGGGGGCAUGUGGGGGUGUGAGAAGAGCUGUAGCAAGGGGUAGUCUUUUAGUUUCACAGUUCCUCUGUAUUUCUCAGCCAACUUCUGCAAUGAGAUGAAUCACAAGUGUUUUGUGGGGGUGUGGAUGAAGAAAAACUUAUUUCUACACAUUCACACAUGUGUAUUUCAAGAUUUGAUUGUUGCCUGUUUCUGCAUGUAGAUUGCUGAUUUUUUUUUUUCUGGGACCAUCUACAGUACUGUAUACCAUGGGGCAACUUUACAGACCUCUUUCCACAUUGAUAUUAUAUAUAUAAAUUGUGUGUUUUCCCUAUGGAGAAAGUCUAAGUUAUAUUGCCUGUACAUUUUGGGCUGCAUUUAGAUAUAAUUGUCCAUCAUGUUUAAAAAUGAAUAAAAAUAUUCUUAACAAAUCUUAUUACAUUUACAACAGGGUGUCAGUAGGGUCUUCUUUGAAGUACCACACAGCAUGCAGGGGGGCAGUCUUCUCUGCCAGGGUGAUGGUGAAAUUCCUUUAAAAACAAAACUGCAUUACCAUGAACACUGCAACCUUGUGAAAAUAUAAGAAUCUGAGCCAUGCUGAACAGCAGAACCUUUUACUUUAAUCAAUCCCCAUGAACUUAAAAUGAGGAUGGAAGUGAAACAAAUGUCCAGUUCUCAAAUACUUGCCCCCAAUGGGGGGGGGGAAAUCUAUUCCAAAUGCUUGCAGCCACAGGAAAAAUUGCUUUGACUAUAUUUAUACAUACAUAAGUCAGCUGGUUCUUCACAGAUGCUAAUUACAAUACCUUAAGUCAUUAUCUUCUCAUUUUUAUACUUAAAUUUUCUACACAUUUUAUUUACACCUAAUUCCUACACCAAUUGGUUACAUGCAGUAAAGAAAAGACAAAUAUUGAGGUGGUUGGUUUAUUACUGUAUACAAUACUCUAGCCAUUUUUCACCUAUGUAAAUAAAAUUACACAAAACAAAUGCAUUAACAAUGGAAAGGGAAAAAUUAAAGACCUUAGUGCCACUACAAUUUCUGUGGCUUCAAAACGGAGAGACAUGGCAGAACGAGCAGAACUGCAAUGAGGUACAACUCUGCAUGUGUCUCAAGGUGGAGGAUAAAUACACCGAUAUCAAAACACAUGUACAUGUAAAAAAAAUGUAUAGGAGCCCCAAAUCCACAAAAAAGGCAAAAUAACACUGCCAAAAAAAUAUUUUUAAUUUGACUACACUUCCAUGUUUAAAUUUUUGAUAUGAAACUAAUCUUUCCUGUGACUUUGUGCUCCCUGUUUCACACACCCCCACUCUUGUCCAAAUUAGACAUUUACUCUCCUUUGGGGGGAGAACUAUUAAUGCCUCAGUAUGUAAACCCCCCCCUUUUCUAACUUGUACAUUGACUGGUAUUAUGCAAUAAUAUAAUAAAAAAAAAAAACACAAAAUAUGGUACUUCAAAACAUAUAUCAACACCCAACCUGGGACAGAUCUCUCUCUGGUCAACACCCAUUGCUCCAGUAAAGUGUAGGUAACAUGACAACACAAAUGUGGGCUCACCUCUGACCCGUAAAUGUCUUCUUUAGCUGCAUUUCGUUAAAAGACAAAAGCAACAGUGCAAGUGCCCAAUCCAACUCCACUGCUCAUUACACUCAAAGCACCCCAUUUCAGCCCCCAGCAAAGGUGCCAAAGUUCACCUGGUCCCUCCAGCUUGAGGCGCUCAGUCAGGCUGGAAGGCUGCGGAGUAACCUCUCUGUCCAGGCACAGCAGGGCGUCCAUCCCAGGUGAGCUGGACCCCGUGUGGAGACGCCUGUUACAGAACCCACAUGGACUGUAAAAUCAGCUAUAUGUUUGGUAUCACAGGAAAGUAGAAGUUAACACCCCACACAUACAUUUUCACUGUCUGAAAAUAAGUACUAAAGAAAAAAAAUAAAAAAAAAAAAAUAAAAAAAUGAUAUCUUGUUAAAAUAGGUCUCUGAACAAAUAUAACCAUUUAUUGCUUACGGGCAAAGCACUUCAACUUUUGUAAGCUGUAAUAAAAAAAUAAAAUUAAAAUCAAUGUAGUUAGGAGGAGGAAGAGCAGUUGGUUUACACAACACUGGUGCCAAUACAGAUAUGAUAUACAUACAUAUGAACAUUUAGCAUGUAAAUUACCAUGCGGCACAUCAAGUUUUCACCAUGUCUAUCCAUAAUUUCAUCUAAUUAGUCUGUUUCAGAACCACUUAAUAGUUUGUGUACAUCACAGCUCAAGCUGGAGGCAAUUACUGAGCACAGGCAGGGCAGAGGCAGGGCUAAGGCAGAUGUGACAUUUCACAAGGAGGUACCUCCUGUACAGAAAGCAGACCUCACCAGCAGAAUGUAGAAUGACUACACACCCAGUACUGAUUUAGUGUAAAAAUACUGUUAUGGACCACCCCCCC